AUGAACCAGCCAACCCCAGAGGUCCAAGUUCACCUGUACCAGGUGGUGCAAGCUCUGCCUCUGAGGCUGGUGGACGGAGGGAGCCCGUGUCAGGGCCGCGUGGAGCUCCUCUACCAGGGCUACUGGGGCACCGUGUGUGACGACGGCUGGGACCUCCAGGAUGCAGGCGUCGUCUGUCGGCAGCUGGGCUGUGGUCGGGCAGUGUCAGCCCUGGGCGGGGCCCACUUUGGUGAAGGCUCAGGGAACAUUCUCCUGAGUGAUGUGUCCUGCUCAGGACGGGAGCCCCACGUGUCCAGCUGCCCCCACAAUGGGUGGUACCAGCACGAAUGUGGCCACAGGGAAGACGCCGGUGUCGUGUGCUCAGGUAGUACAGCUACCACAUGUACUGUCCGCCCUCCCUGGUGGCCAUUGGGAUUCAAGCCAGAUUUCAAUAAGAAAUUCUUGUGCCCUCUUCUAGGGACAGACCAUGGUUUGGUUCUGAGGCUGGUGAAUGGACGUGACUGGUGCCAGGGCCGUGUGGAAGUCCUGUACCAAGGCUCCUGGGGCACGGUGUGUGAUGACAACUGGGACACCAAUGAUGCCAACGUGGUCUGCAGGCAGCUUGGCUGUGGCUGGGCCAUGUCAGCUCCAGGAAGCGCCCGAUUCGGGCAGGGCUCAGGCCAGAUUGCCCUAGAUGAUGUGCGCUGCUCAGGACACGAGUCCUACCUGUGGAACUGUCCCCACAAUGGCUGGCUCUCCCAUAACUGUGGGCACAGUGAGGAUGCUGGCGUCAUCUGCUCAGCGUCUCAGUACCAGACCACGCCCUGGCCAGCUUCCCAGACCACAUCCAGGCCAGCUACCCACCCUGACUCAACAGCUUGGCCAGGAACAGAAUCUGGCUUAGCCCUGAGGCUGGUGAAUGGACGUGACCGGUGCCAGGGCCGUGUGGAAGUCCUGUACCGAGGCUCCUGGGGCACUGUGUGUGAUGACAACUGGGACACCAAUGAUGCCAACGUGGUCUGCAGGCAGCUUGGCUGUGGCUGGGCCACGGCAGCUCCCGGAAGCGCCCGAUUCGGGCAGGGCUUCGGCCAGAUCAUCCUGGAUGAUGUUCGCUGCUCAGGACACGAGUCCUACCUGUGGAACUGUCCCCACAAUGGCUGGCUCUCCCAUAACUGUGGGCACAGUGAGGAUGCCGGCGUCAUCUGCUCAGCAUGUGGCAGGGUUUUAACCUGAAGUUCAGGCAAGGUUGAACAAUUGUUGUGCCCUCUUCUAGGGACAGAAUCUGGUUUAGCCCUGAGGCUGGUGAAUGGACGUGACCGGUGCCAGGGCCGUGUGGAAGUCCUGUACCGAGGCUCCUGGGGCACGGUGUGUGAUGACUACUGGGACACCAAUGAUGCCAACGUGGUCUGCAGGCAGCUUGGCUGUGGCUGGGCCACGGCAGCUCCAGGCAACGCCCGAUUCGGGCAGGGCUCAGGCCAGAUUGCCCUAGAUGAUGUUCGCUGCUCAGGACACGAGUCCUACCUGUGGAGCUGUCCCCACGGUGGCUGGCUCUCCCAUAACUGUGGGCACAGUGAGGAUGCUGGUGUCAUCUGCUCAGCGUCCCAGGCCACACCUACGCCAGAUUAUUGGCAAACCACUCCUUCCUUUGGGACUGAAUCUGGCUUAGCCCUGAGGCUGGUGAAUGGACGUGACCGGUGCCAGGGCCGUGUGGAAGUCCUGUACCGAGGCUCCUGGGGCACGGUGUGUGAUGACAGCUGGGACACCGAUGAUGCCAACGUGGUCUGCAGGCAGCUUGGCUGUGGCUGGGCCACGGCAGCUCCAGGAAGCGCCCAAUUUGGUCAGGGCUCAGGACAGAUCGUCCUGGAUGAUGUAAAUUGCACAGGAUAUGAGUCCUACCUGUGGAACUGUCCCCACGGUGGCUGGCUCUCCCAUAAUUGUCGCCACAGUGAGGAUGCUGGUGUCAUCUGUUCAGCUUCACAAAUAACGACUCCUACCCCAGGGCCUUCGCCAAGCUGUGGUGGCCUCCUGCUCAAUAUCCAGAGUAGCUGCAAUUAUGAUUACGUGGAAGUUUUUGACGGGCUGCUCAACAGCAGUAACUUGCUGGGCAAGAUCUGUAAUGGAACCGGCCAAAUAUUCACAUCUUCUUCGAACCGAAUGACCGUUCGAUUUCGAAGUGACGUCAGCUUUCAGAACACCGGCUUCUCUGCUUGGUAUAACUCCUUUCCAAGUGAUGCCAGGUUGAGACUGGUCAAUUCCAGCUCCCCCAACAACAGCUGUUCUGGGCGUGUGGAGGUCUACCACAAUGGACGCUGGGGAACGGUCUGUGACGAUCAAUGGGACCUCCAGGAUGCCCAGGUGGUCUGCAGACAGCUGGGCUGUGGACGUGCGGUGUCAGCCCCAGGCAGGGCCCAUUUUGGCCCCGGCUCUGGCCCCAUCACCCUGGAUGAUGUGCGGUGCACAGGGGGGGAGUCUUCGCUCUGGCAGUGUCCAAACAGAGGGUGGUUCACCCAUAACUGCGGUCACCAGGAAGACGCUGGUGUCAUCUGCUCAGGGAUCAGCGGAACCACGCCUGCUCCUGUUCACAACACCACUGGCCCAUCCACAAAUUAUUCCUGUGGAGGCUUCCUUUCCCACCCGUCGGGGCAGUUUUCCAGCCCGUUCUAUCCUGGGAACUAUCCGAACAAUGCCAGGUGUACGUGGGACAUCGAAGUCCAGAACAACGACCGUGUGACCAUCAUCUUCAGAGACAUCCAGCUGGAAGGUGGCUGUAAUUUCGAUUACAUCGAAGUCUUCGACGGCCCCUACCACAGUUCCCCUCUCAUCGCGCGGGUGUGUGAUGGCGGUGGGUCCUUCACGUCGUCAUCGAACUUCAUGUCUGUCCGCUUCGUCAGUGAUGGCAGCAUCACCAGGCGAGGCUUCCGGGCGGACUACUACUCCAGUCCUUCCAACGACAGCACCAAGCUGCUGUGUCUGCCCAAUCACAUGCAAGCCAGCGUGAGCAGGAGCUACCUCCAGUCCCUGGGCUUUUCGCCUCAGAACAUCUUCAUCCCCAACUGGGCCGGGAACUACCGAUGUCAACCCCGGAUAACGGCCAGCGAGGUGGUGUUCACGAUCCCCUACUCGGGCUGCGGCACCGUCAAACAGGUAGACAAGGAUACCAUCGCCUACUCCAACUUCCUCAAAGCCACCAUUUCGGGUGGGGUCAUCAAAAGGAAGAAGGACCUGCACAUCCACGUCAGCUGCAGGAUGCUGCAGGACACCUGGGUGGACAUCAUGUACAUUGCCAAUGACACCAUCGAGGUCAAGGAAAUACAGUAUGGCAAUUUCGACGUGAACAUCUCCUUUUAUACAUCCCCCUCGUUCUCCUAUCCUGUGACCAGCUCCCCGUACUACGUGGACUUGAACCAGGAACUGUACGUUCAGGCUGAAAUCGAGCACUCGGAUGCCUCCUUGGCCUUGUUUGUAGACACCUGUGUGGCGUCACCGUAUCCCAGUAACCUCACAUCUCUGACUUACGACCUCGUCCGGAGAGGGUGUGCCAAAGAUGAAACCUAUUACUCCUACUACUCGCCCUCCCCACACAAGGCCCGCUUCAGAUUCAGGUCCUUCCACUUCGUGAACCGCUACCCCUCAGUGUACCUGCGGUGCCAGAUGGUGGUGUGCAAGGCCUACGACCCCUCCUCCCGGUGCGCCAGGGGCUGUGUGGUGAGAUCCAAGAGAGACCUGGGUGCCUACCAGGAGAAGGUGGAUGUUAUCCUGGGCCCCAUCCAACUGCACACGCCACAGAAGCGGAGCCUGGACCUGUCGGUGGCUGGCGGGAAGGAGCAGGCUGCCUCCCAGAGAUCCUUCCCCACAGCGGCCAUCUUCGUGGGAGCCUUCUUGGUCAUGGUCGUGGUCUUGGCAGCCUUCAUGCUGGGGCGAAGGACACGCUCAUCUAGUGGGCAGCCGCUGAGCUACAAAAUGUGAGGCAGGAAGUGAAUGCAUGCCAGGACCUCUGACACCGGCCUCCGCAUUCUCAGAUGCCAGAGCGAGGAAGAGGGAACUAAAGGCCCCAACAGCACCCACCCGCCGCUGUCUGCCAGGCACGGGCGUGUGGUGGGGACACAGUGGGUUGGAGGAAGGAAGGCGGGCAGCCAGCCUGUUCCCAGACCCACAAACCAGGUGACGGGACCAAAUGCAGCAACCUCUCCAGACUUCCCUGCAACCAUGAGUCUAACACUGCUAUCACCCGAGCUUUCUCUAGAUGGAAUUUCUCCUCUGCCCUUCCACACAGGAGCCAUUCGGCCUGCAGCACAAACCCGAGCUUUGCUUUAGGGUGGAACAAUCUGAAUAAAGAAGAUUGUUUUCAAAGCAA